GAUUUAUUUCAACAGACUGACCUGUCAGAGUCCAACUGAGCGGUGAACCCUCCUCUCCAUGAUAAUGAUGCAGGGAACAUUAUUCGUAGCUCUGGUUCUUGCGACCUCAGUCCACUCCGACUCCCAGUUUUCCCUGCCCGUCGACUGUGAUGACAUCCAUCGCCAUGACAACACCAGCUCCAGUGGGGUGUACACUAUCUACCCGGGGGGUCCCACCACACCCCUGCAUGUCUACUGUGACAUGGACACUGAUGGAGGGAGAUGGACAGUCUUUCAGAGGAGAAUGGAUGGGAGUCAGAGCUUCUUCAGACCGUGGGCUCACUACAAGACUGGAUUUGGGAAUGUGGCUGGAGAAUAUUGGCUAGGCCUGGAAAACAUCUUCCUGCUGACAGUGAGGAAGAAGAAUGAGCUACGUUUAGACAUGGAGGACUUGGAGGGAGGGAAGGCUUCUGCCCAGUACUCCUCCUUCUCCAUUGAUUCAGAGGAUGACGGCUAUCAGCUUCACCUGGGCAGCUUUGAUGGAGGAGCCGCAGGGGACAGUUUGACAAUUCACAACAACAUGAAGUUCACCACCUAUGACAAAGACCAGGACGGGUGGGGUAACAACUGCGCUCAACACUAUCUGGGUGGAUUCUGGUACACUAACUGCCACAACACAAACCCCAAUGGCAUGUACGCACCUCACAAUUCCAUCGGGUUUGAAAAUUCCCACAUCAUUUGGCAUGCGUGGAAGGGCUGGAACUAUUCCCUCAAGACUAUCGCCAUGAAGAUCAGAUCAGUCGCUACGUGUACGUGCAAACAUUGACCUGAUUAGCUGUGAUUAGGUAGAUUAUAGGAAUACUGUGAUGUUCCUACUGUUCAUUUUCCUUUUUGUUUUAGUCAUUUAAUGUUUCAAAGAUUUAAUGAAUCAGAAUAUAUAUUGUUACCUGAUGUGAAUUUCUACUGUUAACUCCUUCUCUCUUUUUUAUGCUGCAUUUUGUGAAGAACAUUGUUGUUUUUAAUAAAUAUUGUAACAUUAUUACUGUAUCACUGUAUGUUUGUAUGUGUCAUAGACAUUUGUUACUAGAAGUUUCUCUGAAGAAUCACAGAGGACGGAGUAAUGAAUCUUUCCCUUUACUCAUUACAUGCCAGCACGGAGAAGGACACACAGUCGUUCUGCCUAGAAACAAACAGUUUCAGCUUUUAUACUGUAACGCCUAGUGGAAAUUUUAAUAAGAGAGGGCAAUAAUGUAAUGAAGUAACACAGUAACAAAGUCAUAAAGUAAUUAAGUAAAGAAACCAACCAAGGAAUACUGAUAACCUUUGCUGACUCUCUACUAGAUCAGAA